AUGGGAUUUUUGAGUGGUGUGCUUAGUAACAUCCAUGGCCAUUUAGGGCAGCAUAAAGAGCAAAUUACAGAAGCUAUUAAGUCACUUGAGGCCAAUAAACACCUUGGCAAAAAAGGUUUUAGUGUUGCGAUUGAAAAGGUGGUCGCAGGGGUGCGGGGGUAUAAUGGUAAUGUAAAGUCUUCUAAUGAAGCAGUGAUUGAGCCGCUUAAAAAACUGCUCGACUACACCAAGAAAAAUGGAGGUGAGUUGAUUACUAGCAUUAAUAAGAUUCAGGUUGACAAACAUGAUCUGGAUCCACAGCUGGCCGACGCCGUAAGGUCCUGCGGCGACCGGCUGAAGGAGGCCACAGAUAGGAGCAAGAGGUGCGCGGAAUUCCUGGACCCCAAGGCAAAUAACAACACUAAGAUGAAAAAAAACAUUUAUGACCUUAAUGAUAAGUUGCGUGACAAAGUGUUGCAUGUUCGUAAGCUUGUUGAGUACGAGAGCCAGCGGCUGGCCAGCGUGCACAAGCGGAAAGACGCUGAGUUGAAGGAGACGACGGAGAAGAUUAAGACAAGUUUCCGCAAUUUGAAGAGCUGCAUAAACAAGCAGGUGGGUGACGAUAUAGAUAAAUUAGUUAAUGAUUUGAAAUUGAGGGUGCAGAAAAUUUUGAAGAAGCUGAGGGAGAUAAGCACAGAUCUGGAAAAAUACGUUAAGCAGCUAGAAGCGUGUAUGAAGAAGGCGGAGAGCUAUGUGAAUGUGGCGCUGGAAAAGGUGAAUAAAGUAUUGGCGGAAUCGAAUGAGAAGGAUUCCAGCACGAAGACGUAUAGAAUGCAUAGCGUCGUGGAGCAGUUGAAAGCUGCAGUAUUAGUGCUCCACAGCGCAGGAGAUGAUGCUAAACGAAAAGUUCAAACGGAAGUCACGGCAGCGCUUAGAGCUGUCAUAACGAUGGACGGUGAGCUGAAAGCGGAUUUGUUUAAGGUGAAGAAGGCCAUUAAGGAAGCAGUCGAUAAGGUUGAUACAAAUAUUAAGGAGCUUGGGAAUAAUUUCCCUAAAGAUUCUAGUGCCGGCCGAGUAGCAGGCGAACAGCAUAAAAGUGUUGAAGAUAUCAUAACAGAACUUCGAAAUAAAGUUGGGGCAAUCAAGGGAGGCGGAAGGGAUGGCGCAGGUCUGAAUGGUAUUGAAAGAGGAGUAAGCGGAUAUGUUUACCAGUACGGCAAUGGAUUUAGGGAUACGGUCGGUGAGUGGGUAUCCGAUAUAUUGAAAGAGGAUCACACAUACAAAAGCUAUAUAUUGCAAUAUGUGCGGGAAAACAGAGAUAAAUUCAAUGACACCAAUCUCCACAAACAUGGGAUUGAUGGUAUAAAUACAACCGUUAAAGAAAAACUUACUGCGCAUCUAGAUGAUACAAUCAACACGGCUACAAGUGUCAACCUGCCUUCAGCGGAGAACGUUCACGAGAAUCUCCAAAAUAUACACUCACGUAUAAUGCAAUUUGCCAGCGAACUUGAUAGAAACCUUAAUUCGCUUUUCAACAAUACCGUUCAAUCCAUUGAGGCUGUCUUAGUGAAUAAAUCCAAGCCGCAAUCAUUUCCGCCGUACGACAACACGAAUCUCCACCUCGCCAUUUUGAUAACGCUAUCAGCGAUGUCUUCCAGAGCCAAGCAAGCCGCAAAAGAGUUGCACUCCUUUGCUCUCAAGCAAAGGCCAAACGGCUCAAAGAACAGUAUCGCAGCCAAAAUCGAUGACGCUCACAGUAAAGUGAAUCUGUUAUUCGAUAAGCUAAAAGCAGCGCUUGGGCAACCUGUUGGUUCAUCUGGAAAAACGAAUAACCUUGCGGCUGACGUCGACACUGCAAUCAGAGGAGUAACAAAUACGCUUGAGCAGCAGUUUCCGGGAUAUCUUGGUGCAGAUAAAGUUAACCUUCAAGAUACGGAUAUAACGAUUUUUGGAAAAUAUAAGUUGCAAGUUGACCAAAGGCCAGAAAGUUUGGCAGUCGCGGAUCGAGAUCCAAAUAAGUUAGCAGGCACCCUGCCAGAGGCAAUUAAAAAAAUACGAGAUGAUGUAAAAAACGCUCUAACGUCAAUUGACGAUUACAAUAGAUAUGCUAAUGAGGAUAUAGAAAGCGUCAAGUCCACGCUCAGUGAGCUAUGUAAGAUCCUUAAAGACGAAGCCUCCAACGCGAAGUGGAACCUGGACACAAUUAAAACGGAGACCAUAAAGGGGCAACUUGAAUACGUCAAAAACAAACUCAACGACCUGCGAUUGAUUGAUUUAAGCGCGGCCAUCAAAGAGGCUGAAAACUUCCUCACCAGCGCCGGUCCAACAGCCCAGGCGACAAUCGCAUCGAUUGGCAAAGUAGUAAGCUCCAACGUCGACGAAGCUCAGAACACUCUGAUCACCCAGGUCAACAAGAACUACGUCACUUCGGUGAAGGCCAUUCUGCUAGAGUUCGCGGAGAAAGCCGAGAAGGAGUUGGAGCCUCUACCUAAGGAAAUCACCGACGAUCUGGACAUCGGUUACAAGGGGUUCAUGAACAGGCUGGCGGGGAAGUUUAUUGCGAGGGUAGAGCAGAUUGAAGAUGUCAAUCCCAACACCUUCACAGCUGUAACGUCACCAUUAAGAGAGGCGGCAUCGAUAUCACACGGCGCCUUUAAAUCAUUCCUCCUUAAUCUGCAGAAUCAAACUGAUGUCGAGUCUGACUCCUCCAAAAUCAAGCCUUCGUACAACGCAGUGACAAACUUACUCACUGUCCUAGCACAAUCACUGCACUUCGAUCAUGUCUUCACCAAGAACCUGAGUAACCUUAAUGAAUCUGUUACCGCCUUCAAGCCCUCUACCUACGGCGCAGCCAAGUGCCCCUCACUCCUCAAUGCUCUAAAAGCAGGCUUCACCCCUCUCGUCGAGGAGCUCAAAAAAGCCUACGUUUCAACGUAUUCUUUGAGGACCAUCGAAUGGGAGAAACUCACCGAGGCGGAAAGAAGAAACUACGCCAAAAUCUGUUGGACCAUCACGCCCAUCUUAUACGACGCUCUAACUGAACUCAAGAAUAGACUCGAAUACAGCGGUUGGGAUGGCCACAAAAUAUAUCACCCAGCUGACGGCACCUCCAGCCUCCGCGCUCUCUUCUUCCGCGACAACGGGUAUGACGUCCAUCGUCCUGAGAACGCUGAGCAUGGCGAGCUGAAUCACAAAACUGAUUUUAAUGGUAGCAGCAUUCUCGAACACCUUACCAACGAGACGCAUAAUUUGUUCAGUCAUCUGUCAUCUCCCGUCACCGGCAUUCCUUCAUCCACAUCCGGGUCGGACGAGCUUGAUGUAACCAUCGCGGAGGAGAGUGGUCUCAUCCGAAAACUCUAUGAUUUCCUGCAGACGUACUUCGCUGUAUGCCACCUUACUCGUGUUGACAAACCCAGGGCUCCAUGCUCCGUUUACGAAAUUCUUGUCUGGUGCAACGGCCUGCAGUUCAACCCCGUGUACGGCAAGCUGAAGAAGCACAUUGAGUCCGAGUUCAUGAAGGAGGACAAGCAACGUCCGGGUGAGAAGAUACUGCAGCCCUUCGAUACGCACCCGUCUGACUUUGAACACACGCAUAUCGACGAAGCGCUCUACAAAGUGUCUGCCAACUCCCACGCCGUCCUCACCGCUAUCCUAGGCCACGGUCACAAGGACGGAAUCUACGCGUGUGAUUUCUCCGACAACUCGCUGAAAUUAGAUUACCCUACCAACAUGAUUCAACUGUUGUGCACGUUGUUCGACCUGCUUAAGCGCCUCUACCACCAGCUGUACUUCCUGCUGCAGCAGUGUAAGUACAACGCACAGCUCAGCGGCUGGAGGGACUGCCACUACGGCAGGUACAUCGGUGGGUCGGGCUGGCAGUGCAACACGAAGCAAUGCCCUAAGCAAGACUGUGACCAAAGGCAUGACCAAAGUGGCAACCAAACGGGUGAGCAAUAUCCCAGCUGCGGCGUCAAGUCGCCACUGCAAUCGUUCUUGGAGGACGGUCUGAAAGGCCACCUGCCGCAUUCGGUUACGGCUAGGGGAUCCAGUCUGUCAUGUGGCACUUGUGGUAAUUCACCUGGUAUGCCGUGCCGAACUCCAAUGGGCUUCGCCGACAUCAGCGCCAUCGCGUCGCAUACGAUGAUUGGCCGGGAUAUAUGCGAUGUGCUUGUGUAUUUCUGUGGCCGUCCAAAUUCGCCGCUCACUAGACUGUGCAGUUACCUCAACUGCCUUCUGCCUAGUGCGCCGAAAACGCUGGCGGACAUGUUCAGCUUCUACUAUCACCUCACCGAUCGCUGGGGUAUGUAUGGUCAAGCGCAUAAACAACGGGCAUUUAAUGAGAAAGUUAACGCAGCCAAUUUCGGGCGUCAGUAUAAUGAUUUGAACGUCUACCACUUAUUUUCCGCUAGUCACUCAGCAGCGUGGAAGGGGCAUGCCGCUGGUAGCCUGGCCAGUCUCGUAUGCUUAUCACGGGACGCCGUCGUAUGCGGUCCUUAUCUGCGGCCCAUCGGUCACGCCAUCUACGAGACGUUCUCAGCAAAACACGCCGAUAAGUAUUUGUCGUGGAUUGUCUAUCUGACGGCAUCGUUCUACGAUCUGCUUAAAAAGUUGUACGAUGAGUGCAACUCCAAAUGCGGUGCCAGGGGAUCGAAUUGUCAUCAAAAAGCGUGCGUCAAGGAGUGUCCAACUACAUCAACGACGUAUCAACCGCCACGAUAUCACGAUCCCAAAUGCAAAUCCAUUGUAAAGUGCAAUUCAACGCUGCCGACAUUGGCAAAAUACGGCUUUGUUCUCGGCGAUCCAGAGAGGCUGAACAGGGAUGGACAAUCGCAUACGAAACGCACGUGCAGAGAUUUCUGUAAUGUAUUUAAGGAGGCAUUUGAGAAAGACUCACAUCUUGUGCAGUUCUUCAAAGCCAUUGAUAAUUUCAUGUUCACCAUCCGCGCACCAUUCCUGUGGAUGACCCUAGCGCUCUGGUCACUCUCCCUCUUCUACCUCAUCUGCGUGAUGGUUGGCAGACUGGAUGUGCUGCACAUCAAAUCGCACUUACGAUCACCAUCAUCGCACAGGAUAACGGCGCAAUCGCUGUUGGCGGCAGCGCAAGUCGGAAGGCUUGCCAAAAUAUCGUAUCUACAACCGUAA